CCUCUCUCUGUGUGUGCUCUGUUUGUAAUGCUGCAUGACUCCUCACAUUAUCCUUUUCUGCACUGCCUGCCUCUCCCUCUCCCUCCUUCUCUCACUUUCUCUCUGUCUCUCUCUCUCCAACACUGCCGGCCUCUCAUGCUCUGUGUGGCCUGCCUCUGUCUGUCACAUUGCCUCUUUCUCUGCCGCUUCCUGCUUUUCUCAUGCUCUCUGAAACUGUCUGCCUCUCACUCUGUCAUUUUCUCUCCCUCUCCCUGUCUUGCUGAGCUCACAUUUUCCUGUGCUCUGUGACACUGCUUCUCUGUCAUACUCUCUCUCUCUCCCUCUCGCACGCUCUUUCUCUCUCUCCUGCCUCUAUCUGUCACAUUCUCCGGGACUGCAUGCAGCUGGAGAGAUUUACUUUGUCUCUUUCCCUGUGACACCGCCUCUCACUCUCUGUGUGACUGCGUCUCCGGUUGGCCGCGGCCGCGGCCGUGGUCGGCAGCUGCUCACUGAAAAAUCGCGCUGAAUCUGCAAGCAGCCAAGCAGGGGGCCGGUGAAGGGGCAGGACCAAGACCAGGACCAGAUCAGAAUCAAUUUGAAUGGAGCCAAGAUUCAACUUCAGAUCUCCAGUCUCUGGCCCUUUACCGCCCUCAGCAACCCACCACCCCAGCCGGAAGGACAGCCUCUGAACUCUGACCAUCCCUGUGGACACAAGCCCAACAUCAAGGUUGCUAUUUCUCCCGGGGUGAAGCAAAGACUUGUCCUUCAGAGCACCUUUGAAGAUGUUGGAUAUUCCUCUGCACUCGAUUAAACACAGUGAAAAUGCAAUAAUUGUGGGAUAUGUAAAAGCUGCCAGAUUACACAAUAUGAUCAGAUAAUCAUAUUUUCUGUAAUAUUUAUUCACCAGAAGGUCUUGCUUUUCUUCAAAGUAGUGUCACAACAUCGUUUACAUCAACCUGCCAACAUAGAUCAAGCAUGAUUUAAUGUAUUAUCCAAAAGAAGGCACCUCCAUAAUCCCUUCCUUGCCCAAGAGUAUCAUCCUGAAACUUGAACCCAUUGCUCUGUGAACUGGGGGCAAGAAAGUUACGGUGAUAUAAAAUUGUCUAGAAAUAAAUCCUCUGGAAUUAACAAAAAAUUGAACACUUUAUAAGCAACUCAAAAACAAUCAAAAGAAAAUGCUUUUAUUUCCCUUGAAUACUUUUGUUUAAUAGUUUGGAAUUGGAGAGAUUUUGUACAGAGACAAUGUGAUAACAUUUGAAGAAAUACAUGUAAAUAGAGUUGGCAACCCUAAUCCUAAUCCUUGCGUCACUGAUGUUGAACGGAGGAUGUUGGGUUUCAUUGAAAUCCUGAUUACACAAAAAACUUUUUUGUUUAGGUUCAGGAAUAGGUCUGGAGAACGGUCUCGACCCGAAACGUCACCCGUUCCUUGUCUCCAGAGAUGCAGCCUGUUACUCCAGCAUUUUGUGUCUACCUCAGGAAUAGGCAAAGUGGAGUGACUCACACCACAGAACAUUGACUUCUCCAUUUACAGUGAGAACAUGUUGAGUCUUGAGCUAUGAUUCACUUUGCGCUCCUCAACCCUGCAGCCCAGUAGCUGAUUCACCACCAAUUCAACAUCUGCCUUGAGCUCAGAGUUAAGAAGUCCAACCUUUUGAAUUGUGAACCUUUCUGCAGGAAUAGUGAAGAUGCAGGUGACAACCUCUGGUAAUCAAGGCUCUUCGAUACGGCAGAGGGUGACCUUGACCAUUGUACCUCUUAUUGCUGUCAUCCUCACAGUCACCACGAUCUUCAGAAAUGAACUUCUAGAUGCGUUGGGUUGGUUGAAGAGACCAGUAGACAACAAAUCAGACUCCUGUCCAUCUGGGUAUUUCAGGCUGGAAGGAAUGAAGGAUUGCAUACCCUGGUUAUCUUGUGAAAUGAUACAGAGCGAAGUUGCUGUGAUUGAGCCAAUUGGACAAGGCGCUGUCAAGCAGGUUUUCCUUGGGCACUGGAAGGGAAACAAAGUGGUUCUCUCUCGACUUGCUGCCUCUAAAUUCAGCGACGACUUCUUUCAUGGACUGGAGAUGCUGAAGGGCUUGCAGAGUGCACAUGUGGUUAAACUGCUGGGAUUCUGUGACGAGGAUCCCACUAUCCUCACAGAGUAUCACCCUUUUGGAUCCCUCGCCAAUGUUGAUUCAGUGCUGGAGCAGGAGGGGCAGGGUGACUUUAAUACUUGGGAAGUUCGAUUCCAGUUGGCUCGUGAAUACACAUGGUUUCUGCAUUAUCUGCACAACAGCCCAUUGGGUCCCCGUGUUAUGUGCGAUUCCAAUGACCUGAUAAAGACCUUGUCGCAGUAUUUGUUGACAACAGACCUGCACGUGUUGGCCAAUGACCUGGACGCUCUCCCACUGGUGAAUCGAAGUGCCGGGGUUUUAGUAAAAUGUGGCCACCGUCAGCUCCAGGGUGACUUUGUCGCUCCGGAACAGCUUUGGCCAUUCGGUAACACGGUUCCAUUUUCUGAUCACCUCAUGCCUCCAUACAAUGAGAAAACAGAUAUUUGGAAGGUUCCGGAUGUUACGGACUUUCUGCUGGGCCAGGUCGAAGGAAGCGACGUGGUCAGGCUUCACUUGUUCCAGUUGCAUCAGGACUGCAAGAGACAUAAGCCUCAGCUUCGACCAUCAAUGCUGACUGUUGUGCAGACGUACAAAGCUGUUUACAAUUCACUGACACAGGAGUCGGAGCUGUUUGGUAUUCGUACUGAGAUGUUACACGAGUUAUAAUAAAUGAUGUGAUUCUACUCUU